AUGAGCAAGGAGAAGCCUGAAAAUUCGAAGCGAUUACUGAGAACUGGCUUGAAGCCGUCAUCUGUCUUAGACGUGAUUCGAAGUGACCUUGCAGAUGAGAUCUGUCUAGUGGCUGAGAGGGAUAUAGUAAACAUUCAACAGUCUGAGUGCGUACAAGAAUUAGAUGGACUGACGGAAUUGGAAGCUCUUAAGAGAAAUUUGAAUGCGUACGACGCAAAGGUUAAGACUCGAGUAGACGGCGACGGGCAUUUAACCCACCUGCUGAUCAUCCCUCACACGAUUCUCGAGCUACUUUAA